UCGUAUCAGUCGUGAAGAUAUUUUCGUAGAUAAAUCAACGAGUUGAAUCUGCGCAUAAAUGUAAAACCGCUACUGGCAGCAUUCACUAGUUUUGUAGGCCUAGCGGGUUCAAAAUAAGAUUAAGUGAUGUGCAAAAUAGUUUAAGUUUGUUCUUCUUUGUUAAUUUAUAGUGGAUGAUGUAUGUUAAGGCUGCAUUUAUCGGAAUUUUAUUCCUAAUUAGCAUCGCUAACACCUUAGACUGUGAUAUUAUUCCCGAAGAUAUAAUUAAGCCAAAAAAUAUAAAUGAUAUAGACAGAUAUAUAAUCUAUAUUCAAGGAAAUCCCAAGACUUAUACACCUAAUCAAAAAUAUAAUGUAUCGUUGAGAGUGAAUCCUACUAAAUAUCCAAAGAAAGCGUUUCGACAAUUUUUCUUAACUUUGGAAUCAGUCGAUGGAAAAUCUACAGCACAAUCUUAUCACCCUACAGGACAAUUUGAAUUUGAAAUGGGAGCUCAGAUUCUCUCUCAGUUUAGUGACAGAUGUCCAAACACAGUUGUAGAAAAUAGCAAAUUGCCAAAAUGGGAAGUACAGGUCUACUGGACUGCACCUCCAGAAAAUAGUGGGUGUGUGGCUAUCAAGGCUACAGUGGUGGAGUCUAGAGAAAACUGGUUUAGUGAAGACGGUCAGCUUACAAAAAUUUUAUGUGAAGACAAUGAGGUUGAUGAGAAUGUUAAGCCACCAUCAGUUGAUAAGUGUUGUGCCUGUUCUGAAGCUAAAUACGAGGUGGCGUUUGAAGGACGUUGGACUAGGAAUACCCAUCCCAGAAAUUAUCCCUCUGAUAUAUGGAGCACAAAAUUCAGUGAUAUAAUUGGAGCAUCGCAUCGAAAGUAUCAUUCCUUUUGGAAUGAGCAAGAUUAUGCGAGUGAAGGGUUAAAAGAAUUAGCUGAAUCAGGAAGGACACAAUCUGUUGAAGACGAAAUAAAAGAAAUGGGAACUAACAUACGAACGAUUAUUAAAGCUAGAGGUCUUCAACAUCCAAACAUAACAGAAUCUUCAUAUUCAGUAUUUCGGGUUGACAGCAACAACCACAUGGUCACCCUUGCAUCCAAAAUUACUCCAUCGCCCGAUUGGUUUGUUGGAGUUGCCAAUUUCGAAUUGUGUCAAGCCGAUUGUACUUGGGCCGAAUCCUACUCGUACAACCUAUAUCCCAUGGAUGCUGGUACCGAUGAUGGUAUAGGAUACAUGUCUUCUGAUCCUCUACGAUUCUCACGAAAACUUAUCAUGCCAAUAACUCCUAACAAUCCCAAUGAUCCACGAUCACCAUUUUACGAUGAAGACGGUGCACCCAUGAAUCCAAUUGCCAAACUACAUUUUACUAGGCAACGUGUUUACGAAAAACCUUGCGAUUCUAAUGAACAAGAAGAAUCUUCGGGAGAAGAUGCCUGCGCUACUACUAAAUGGGGAGAUUGGACACCUUGUUCAGUACCCUGUGGUCUCGGAAAGAAAACAAGAAUGAGGAGUUAUGUAGAUAUUAGGAAAUCGCAGAAUUGUUAUGUUCAACUAGUACAACAUCAGACAUGUCAAGGUAUAGCAAAGUACUGUAAAACCAGUUCAAGAAAAAGUAAUAGACGAAAUCAUCACAAAAAACCUAGAGUAUCAGACGAAGAAGAAAAUAGCAAGGCUUCGGAAGAAGAAGAAGAGAAAUCUAAGUCAAACGAUGAGGAGAAAAGUGAAGAAGAUAAAGGUUCUGAAGAAGAAGGAAAAGGUUCCGAUGAAGAAGAAAAGGGUUCUGAUGAAGAAAGUGAGUCUAAAGAAGACAAAGAUAGUAAGGAAGAUGAUGAAAAUAAAUCGGAAGGUGAUGAUAAUUCAAAGGAUGAAGAAGAUAGUAAAGACGAGGAAGAAGACGAAUCUAAAAAUCAGAAAGAUUCAGACGAAGAAAAAAAAUCCGAAGAAGAGAGUGGAAGUGAGGAAAAAGAUUCGAAUGACGACGAAGAUAAAUCUGAAGACAAAAAAGAUUCAAACGAAGAAAAUUCAGCAGAAAAGUCCAAAUCUGAAGAAGAGGAAGAUAAAUCUGACGGUUCUAAAGAAGACGACGUUGACUGUUCAGUCACGGGUUGGUCUGAGUGGUCUAGUUGCAGCGUCUCUUGUGGUUACGGAACAAAAACUAGGGACAGAAAAUUUCUUCACGCCCAGAACGAAGACGAAUGUGAUAAGGAGCUUCAAGAGAACCGAAGAUGUCGAGGUGAAAAUGGAAAAUGCAGUGAGGAGAGCGAGUCCAAAUGUACAAAUACGAAUUGGGGUCCAUGGUCUAGCUGUAGUGUAUCUUGUGGAAAAGGAGUGAAACGAAGACUUCGAUUACCACCUGAAGACGACAAAGACAAUGAUGAAAAAGGCGAAGAUGAAGAAAAUAGUUGUUCUACUUCUGAGAUUGUAAAAUGUCACAUUCCUUGUAAUGAUAAUAUGAAAUUAGGAGAAAGUCUAAUCGUUGAGCAAGGUCCAGACGGUCGGGUUGUAAACUGCAAAACGACGAGCUGGUCUAUAUGGAGUAAGUGUGAUACUCAUGGUUCUCCUUGUGGUAAGGGCUCAAAGAAGAGGUAUCGUCAAAUAACAAGACAUCCUGAAAAUGGUGGAAAAUCUUGUCCCAAAAAGUUAAUCCAAUCAAAGGUAUGUUACGUGAAUUGUGCCAAUUCUGCGGAAUUCGAACAAAGACAUGUAUCCGAGGAGCACGAGGAAGAAAAGAAACCACAGUGUAUAAUGUCAGACUGGACAGAGUUUACGCCAUGCAGUUCUAUCUGUGGUCCGUCUGCAAUGCAGUUAAAAACGAGAAGGAUUUUGUACAAACCACCAGGUGUGGUGUGCCCUCCUAGAGUUAUGUAUAAACAUUGCAAUUUACCUUUGGCAUGCACGCCAGAUGGACGACCUAUAUUUUUGUAGAUAUUUUUAUUAAAAUACACAAAUUUGUUAUUUAUUGUUUUAAUUAAACUAUAAAAGUUUAAAAACGU